CCCGCCUCACUGCCCUCCCAGCACACUGCCAGCCAGCCAGCCACUCAUCAAUCACUCAAGGCCCCUCCUCCUCUCUCCAUCAAGAGAAGCUCUACCUCGGCCCGUCCUCGCCCGCCGGCCGGCCGCCGUCGCCAUGGCUCCCGGCAAGCUCGCGGUGUUCGCCCUCCUGGCGUCUCUCCUCCUCCUCAACACCAUCAAGGCCGCAGACUACCCUCCGGCUCCUCCCCUUGGGCCGCCUCCCCACAAGAUCGUAGACCCCGGCAAAGACUGCGUGGGGGCGUGCGACGCGCGGUGCAGCGAGCACUCGCACAAGAAGCGGUGCAGCCGCUCCUGCCUCACGUGCUGCAGCGCGUGCCGCUGCGUCCCGGCGGGCACGGCCGGCAACCGGGAGACCUGCGGCAGGUGCUACACCGACUGGGUCUCGCACAACAACAUGACCAAGUGCCCGUGAGCUAAGCGCGCACGAAUACGAUCCGUCUGCCUGCCUAGAUCUAGCUUAAUUUAGCUUUGCAUUGCUCCUAGUUGAGUAGUUGGUGUUGUCCGUUGGGUUUCUGUCUUUCCAGAGUUAUCCUUUUUUCUUUUUCUUUUUUUUUCUUCCUGAGAGAAGAGAGGGUGUUGACGAGCUGUUACUGUUAGUAUUCUGGACCUCUAGUAUGUUUUGUUGUGUAAAAAAGGACUAGUGAAAUCCAUCUCGGCUUGAAUCACGCUUGAUAUA